GUGUUAAUGUGAUGCCCUACAAGCUUUUCAAAAAGUUAGAAGUAGGUGAACUUAAGACCACUAAGCUUAGCAUCACUUUAGCCGACCGUUCGGUCAUUAGCCCGAGAGGCAUUAUAGAGGACAUGUUGUUGCGAGUAGGCAAGUUUUGAUAUCCGACCAAUUUCAUGAUUCUCGACAUAAGCGAGGACUCGGAUAUGCCGCUCAUACUCGGUCGUCCAUUCCUCGCCACCGCCAAGGCAUUGAUAGACGUUAAUGAGGGAACCUUAAUUCUGAGGGAUGGUGAGGAGAGAAUCAAGCUUGAAAUAGACCCUAAGGCUAGAAGUGAGGAAGUGAAGGAAUUGGUUUCGAAUGAUGUGAAUGCGAGUGAAGGAGUGCCUCUCAAGGCGAACCCCACUAUUACUUGUGUUGCUUGUGGUGAUGUUGAGCAGGAAGUCAAGGAGGGUACUAUGCCCAAGGAAAAGAGGAAGAAUGCUUGGAGGCAAAAGAUGAAGCAAGCUUUGGCCCGAAGGAAGGAGAAGGCCAAACCUAAGCUGGCGAACCAAGAGGGCCAACUCAUAGAGCUUAAGAUGGGAGGCUACAAGCCUCGCCCCUAGAGUGUUGUGGAUCCACUCUCGGUGGCAUCACAUUCCAAGACUUGAUUGAUCCCCAACCGUCAAGCUAAUGACGAUAACUUAGCGCUUGUUGGGAGGAAACCCAACGGAGGUUAGCAAGUUUGUCCUGCUAUUACUAAUAUCGUAUUGUGUUUCGUAAUAAUCUCGCCUCGAGCGAGUCAUAUUGUGUUUCUGUGUGUGCUUUUUGUCUCUCCUUGAAGCUCCAAAUAUCCUACCCCGGAAUCGAUUCCAACUUUCACUCAAUAAGCGCAAGCGGUAACA